UCGAUUUCUUUCCCCAUUUCGAUUUCUUUGUACCAUGCCCCAGGGUGAUUUACAGACAUUCUUCACCGGUGAUAUUGUCGCCGACGACCGGAAAGCCGCUGGCGAUGAUGACCAAGCUACCUUGAGCGACGACGGAGAGAGACUGCCAUUGGAGGAGGAGACAGAGGAGGCGGAUCGGCCGGAAGUUCCUCCUGACUUCCCGCCGGAAUCUUUCUGGCUCUCGAAGGACGCGGAGUUCGACUGGUUCGAUCGUAACGCCUUCUUCGAGCGGAAAGAAUCGACCAAGGCGAGUUCUAAUUCCAUGAAUUUGAACCCUAAUUUGCAUCCGCAAUCGAAUUCGAAUUCGCAGCGGUUUUCGACGAAUUUGAAAUCUAAGGCUUCGAUGAUCGGAUUGCCGAAGCCUCAGAAGACUUCCUAUGUUGACGCGAAGAAUCGGCGUAACGGCAAGUCCGGAAACAUUCGGUUGUUUCCGAAGAGAUCCGGAUCCGGUGGAAAAUCGGUUUCGACAAUGAUUGAGCCUUCUUCUCCCAUGGUAUCAUGUAUGGGGAAAGUAAAAUCGAAGAAGGACCGAAAUCGGCAGAAGACUCACCAUCACUCAACAGAACUAGCAACCGCAGAGGAGAAAUCACUCGAAAAACAGAGCAAAGGAUUCUUCGCGUGUUUCCGCGCUAUUUUCCGUAGCGGUGGAAGAAGGCAACCAGUCGUCGAACCGACUGCGUCACUGACGAACUCGCCUCCAGAACAGGGCGUUAGAGCGCGUGACCUCGCUCCUUCCGCCACUAAUCCGCCGUCGACAGCGUCUCAUCCAAGCAAGACCGACGAAACAGAUCCUCCAUCCUUAGGCGGUUUGCAGCGAUUCGCAUCAGGAAGAAGGUCCAGUUCGUGGAGCGUAAGCGAGGUCAGUAUAGACGUUGCGUAGGCGUAGGUGUAGGCGUAGGCGUAGCAUUGACUCUUCCUCCAUGCGAGGGAUCAUCGUGUCGUUAGUGCACGCCGGCGGGGCCCGCUGGAAGAUUUUGAUUCGGCUGUUUGCUCGUAGGACCGAAUCGGCACGAAUUUUUCGUUGGAUGAACAUGGCGGUUUGAUUUCAACAACCAUAUAUCAAAUUUCUUCGACUCGAUUCUGGUUUGAAAGGUAAACACAUCGAUUCCAUAGUCUUUUCUUUGUUUAAUUCUCAUUUUUUCAUGAAAUCGUUCUUGUUUUUGGAAUGAGUAGUUGCAUUGUAUAUUCACCCAUGAUCAUGAUUGUAUAUUUUGGACUUCCGUUUUAUCU